AUGACGAGAAUCACUUGGUUAGACGGUCUGCGAGGUCUAGCUGCUGCCAAUUCUGUUCUUCGACAUGCUUUCUUCAUGGAACCCAAAAGUGUGUUUGGACUUUUGUUUCGCUCGUACUGGGCCGACCCUCGUGAAGCAAAUCGCCACUUUAUUGAACUUCCACCUUUUCGACUCAUCUUUGCCUCAAGCUCAUGGGUAACCUGCUUCAUGGUAUUGUACGGAGUUGCAAUUUCAAUACCCGUCAUCCAGUCCCGACAUCUCCCCGUCGACAAGGAUGGAUCUUGGGUCAAGGUUUUAUGCUCGCAGGCUACUCGUCGGGUUUUCCGUCUCUAUCUGCCAGUGUUCUGCGUCUCACUUCUAUCAAAUCUCAUAUUCUAUUGCGACUUUGUAACCUACCCACAAGCGGUCAAAAUGAUGGAACGAGCAUGGAAUCUGCAGCCGCUGACUGCACCCUGGGCGCACAUCAAAUUCUCGUCGUGGCAGUUGCUUCAUCUGAUGACUUUUGUUCGAUACGAUCUUGACAUCGCCAACACGAUGGAGCGAGAUGAUUUGGAGGGUGUGCUCAAUCCACAAUUUUGGUCAAUUCCAGUUGAAUUCCGUGGCUCAUUGGUGAUUUACUUUUUACUCCUUGUCACUGGACUUUGGAGGCCCCUUCCCCGUCGCCUCUUGUUCAUACUAGUCACCUUUUGGUGGUUUUUCCUUGGGCAGUGGGAUAUAUUCGCAUUUACUUCAGGCCUGUGCAUCGCAGAACAUCUCUAUGGAGAAGCGGAAGAAGCAAAGGGUCACAUCCACCUGUCUUCUGACUCUGACCCUGCCUCCGACCAUUCUUUCUCGAAGCGUAUCAACCGGAACUGGAACACAAUCAAGUUAUCGACUUCAUUCCACUACUUGUGGACAAACCUAUCAUUACUCGUGGGAUUAUUUCUGCUGUCUAUCCCGGACGAUGGGCCCCUUGGCGCCGAAUAUCAAUUUCUGCUUGCCAUCUCAAUCUCCCCAUGGUGGACCGUGAGUGAGAUUUUCAACAGGUGCUGGACCGGGCUGGGAGCAACUCUUUUGAUUAUCACUAUUGCCAAUAUGAGAUGGCUACAAUACCCACUCAACUCGCGACCAUUGCAGUUCUUGGGCCGGAUCUCUUAUCCACUAUAUGUCAUUCACUUUGCGGUUUAUUUUUCUUUGAAGUCGCCAAUGCAAAACUUGUUCUGGUCCAUUGCCAGGGGCGAGUCGUAUCCCGGAUCGGAGGCCGCCUGCUUACACAAAGGCGCAUUCACAUUUACUUGGAUCGGCUCGCUUCUUACAUGCUUCACCAUGAUGAUUAUUGUGGCAGUCUUAUUUGAGCGACACAUUGAUCGGAUGGCCCGCCAAGCUGGUAGGUUGUUUGAAUCUCGAGUCAUUCAAUAG